UACGUAUACGUCUGUGAGCGUGAAUACUGUAUCUCCAUCUGUGAGUAUGUAUACGUCUGUGAGCGUGAAUACUGUAUCUCCAUCUGUGAGUACGUAUACGUCUGUGAGCGUGAAUACUGUAUCUCCAUCUGUGAGUACGUAUACGUCUGUGAGCGUGAAUACUGUAUCUCCAUCUGUCAGUACGUAUACGUCUGUGAGCGUGAAUACUGUAUCUCCAUCUGUGAGUACGUAUACGUCUGUGAGCGUGAAUACUGUAUCUCCAUCUGUGAGUACGUAUACGUCUGUGAGCGUGAAUACUGUAUCUCCAUCUGUCAGUACGUAUACGUCUGUGAGCGUGAAUACUGUAUCUCCAUCUGUGAGUACGUAUACGUCUGUGAGCGUGUGGGAGACCUUUUCUUCACGGCUGGAGUGGCCUUUUAG